UUGACCUUCUGCAGAAGAUCAAAGGCAGGCAACACCAUGACAAAGUUUCUGCUGCUGGCCUUGGCACUUGGUGCUGUUCAUGCUCAUUCUGAGCUGGAUGGAGAAUGGGUUACCACUGCCAUUGCUGCUGACAAUGUUGGGAAAAUAGCGAAACAGGGACCUUUGAGAGUUCAUGUUCGUAAAAUUACUUGUCAUGAGGGAUGUGAUAAAAUGAAAAUCACAUUUUAUGUAAAUUCAAAUGGCCAAUGUUCAGAGACAACAGUUGUUGGGUAUAAGCAAGAAGAUGGCAACUUCAAAACCCAGUUUGAAGGAAACAAUACAUUUAAACCUGUGAUUAUAACAAAAGAAGUCCUUGCCUUUACUAAUAAGAAUGUGGAUAGAGAUGGCCUGGAAACACACUUGAUUUAUGUUGUUGGAAAAGGUGACAAAUUGAGUCAUGAAAAUAAUGCAAGAAUUGAGGAACUUGCCAAAGAACAGAAAAUACCAACAGAAAACAUUCGAGAAGUUCUGUCUACAG